UUUGUUGACAUGGGAAGUUGUCAACGCUUUCCACCACAAUAAAUAGCUAGCCAAUUAGCCAAUUAGCAAACCAUUGCCGCAUGUCACAUGCAAUGAGACUUUGAUCCUUUGAAAGUGUUUUUACAGAAACUGUCAAAUAAAUGGCUGACAUUCUUAAUAAACACUCAGAUGUGCUUGGAAACGUUUUAGUCCAGGUCCAGGAUGAUUUGAGACAGCUGAAGCGUAGCCUUGGCCGUAUCACCUUCCAUGAGAAGGGAGAAACCGUGGACCUCCAGGCCUUGGACGCUGCCAUCCGCAGGACAGAGAGUGGGAUCAGGAGGCGUGCAGAGCAGUAUCAGAAGACAGUCAAUAGGCAGGUACUGACACUUCCCAGCAUUGAAGACCUAGAGAAGAAGACUGUACAGAUCCCCAAAUGGAGGCCCCCCCUGGGGAGUAUCCCAGACAUGCAUCAUCAGAGAGGUCAGAGUGUGGGGGCUUCACCCGGGGAGAAGCACAAGGCAGCGUUGACCAUGCGUCUGCUGUAUAAUCCCGUUCAUCCAAAGAACAGGACUCUGAUGCACCAAAACUAUGGAAUUCAGCUUCCUGAUCUACGUAAGAGAUCGGCUACGACAGGGCCCACUCAAAGGGUAGUGACUGGUCCCACGGUGGGCAGCCUGGCUAUAGUGCCAGGAGGAGCAUGCAACAACCUGUACCUGGUACCACCUCUGUCUGAAGAAGACAUGACAGCAGGCAUUGCCAGUCUCCUGGAGAAGGGUCUAACCUCCUCAGAGAAGGGUUUAACCAGAGAUCUGUUCUGGACUGCUGUCCGCCCCACGGCUGCUCCGUUACACCGCAGAGAAGAGAGUUGCUCCUCCAAGAUAGCCCCGCCAGAGAGAACACCGUGGGGUCAGAAGGAAUUGAUCUGGGGCAAGGAUCCUGGCCCCUCCCACGGUCAUGUGGGAGGGGCCAGAGAACGCCCGUCCACCUGGACCAUCCACACCCCGCCCGCCUCCGCCAACUCCAAGACCUCCGAACACAGGCAAAUGACCCAGGGAGCCGUCCGGCUUGCACCCCUCAACCCUCAGUGUCUCCCUGCUCUGGCUUCCAUAUCCAUCAGUAAGUUGUCCUUCACCAUCCUGGAGGGCCACAUCAACCCUAUGGCCCCAGACUUCUGCCGCUUCAAGCAGCACUACUGUCUGUGCUGGGGCCUGCUGGUGGAGCUGUUGUCGGGGCUGGGGAGUCUUCUGAGGCGCUAUGCUGUCCCCAUGGCCAGGGUCGACGGAGAGAGGCUGGUACAGCUGGCACAGGGCGGGGAUCUGGACUGGGCCGUAGGAGGAGGAGGCAGUAGCUCGGUGGAGCGUCUCCUCUCGGUGAUAGAGAACAGAGAGGAGGUUUGGGACCUGGUGCACCGACCAGGGCAGCGCUACCGGGGGGAAGGAGGCACGGAGGCUGCCGCGAUACGGAUCCAGAGCUGCUGGAGGCGCCACUGGGCCCGCAACGCCUACCUGCGCCACCGCCAGAGGAAGUGGGCGGCAGGGACCAUCGCGAUCUCCUGGCUGAUGCACGCUCAACUGGGCCGCGUCAGGAAGAGCCUGCAGGAGAGCAAGAGGACACACCUAGAUAACUACCGCAUCAGGGGCCAGUAUCUGUCAGCCAACUGGAAACACAUCCAGGCUUCCAGAAGGACCAUCAUACACAUCCCAUCAUUAGGUUACUCCCAGCUGCAGCGUUUCAGCCUGAAGGGUUUUGACGUCCUGCAGAACAUCCAGAUGGGACGACUGUGUGAUGUCAGAGAUGAGAACGUGGAGGUGAUCUAUGUGUCUCCUGUGCGUCUGGGAGACGACCUGUCCCGGUAUUACACCAGACUGCUGGGUUUGCAACAGAGAGGCCAGGGAGGACUCCAGGAGGUAGACCCAGGGGACGGAUGGGGAGGAGGUUCCAGGACAACCCAGGCCUCCUGCACCAAACGCUUCACCAUCCUCACGCCUGACGCUCUGGAAGACUUUCCGACCCACAACAUGUGUCUGUCCACGCUGUUGAAGUACAGCCCUCGAACCCUGAGACGGAUCCGUAACCUGAUCCAGGGUCAGCAGGCCUACAUGGUGGGUGGUGUGGCCCACUUAGAUGACCUGGCGGUGGCUGAUGAGCUGGGGGUACCCCUCCUGGGGCCAGAACCUGCUGUGGCCCAGCUCUACAGCACCAAGUCUGGAGGCAGGAGGAUCUUUACUGGAGCAGGGGUCAACGUGCCCCCAGGACAGUGGGACAUAUACUCCUUACAACAGCUCCAUGAAACCCUGGCCCAGCUGUUGACAAACCACAUGGAGGUGAGGCGCUGGCUCUUCAAGAUGGACUCUGAGAUGGGUGGGCGGGGCACAGCAUACUGCGAUGUGUCUCACCUGAAUUGCUCUACCUGGGCUCAGCAGGAGUACAGCCACCACAGUCCUGAACGCUGGAGGACGGCCUGGGCUCAGGAGCCUGUUCUUAUGAAGUACCUGGAGGAGGUUCCAGAGUGGUUGUCCCACUAUGCCCAGCCUGUUAAGACCUCCUGUUACCCCACCUGGGCCUGUUUCCUGGACACCUUCCUUAGACAAGGUGGUGUAGUGGAGGGAUACCCUCCCUCAGACAGUGUUACCUGUCUAACAGUAGACUUGCUACUGCAGCCAGACGGGGAGGUCACCGUGCUGUCCUGUGGAGACCAGCUCCACGGCCCCAGUGAGUUGGAGACUGCAGGAUCCUCAGUGCCUCAAGCCUCUGUGUGUCCUGAUGCCCUACACACCCUCUGUCUCCGUGUGGGACAGGCCUGUCUUCAACGCCACAUCAUCGGACAUGUCUCUAUGGACCUGGCCACAUUCCUGGACCCUAGGACACUGGAGCAGCAGGUGUGGGCAGUGGACCUGGACCUGAGCUAUAGUAACCAGUUGGCCAUGACCCAGCUGAUGCUCAUGAUGACGGGGGGAAGCCUGGACUGUCGGACCAGUCGUCUGGAGGUCCCCCUCACCAAGCCCUUCCUGCGUCAGAAAGGAUCCAAAGAAACUGCUCUCCCAGCGGUGGCCAGUCGCUAUGCUGUCCUGGGGAGCCGGCUGCUCCACACCAACCUGUCCAUGGUGCACUAUAGUGUCUUCUUCCAGAUGUGCAAGGCUCAAGGCAUCGGCUUCGACAUCAAGGAAAAACAAGGCACGGUCUUUGUUCUCCACGACAGCUGUGAGCGAUACAGUCUGGGGAUGGUAACCGUCGGUGACGACCUCCAGGGAGCCCUGAUGACCUUCGCUCGUAACCUGUCCGUCAUCCAUCAGGAGAUAUCAGCUCCCAACAUGCAGGGAGAGACUAACUUUAAGGACCUGAUUAGAGACAUAGAAGAGGUUUUGGGAAUGACCGUCCAGAAUAAAGCCCAGGUGACCGAGGAAGAAGAGAAGACUGCUGCUGUCGCUGUCCGGACUAAACUGGAUCACUGACCCCCCUCCUCCCACACACACACACACUACUAGGAUGACUUAGUCACUUUAACGGAAGAAAUGCGACCGUUUUGAUCAGAUCAAUGCCAAUUAUUCCAACUGAUCAUUUCAAACCCUAUUAUCUAUUUCUAUUCUAUUUCUAUAUGUAUUUCAUAGAGUUUAUCAUACUUACUAGGGACAAAUACAUUAUUCUAUCCUUGGACAACUGUGAACUCUGUUAUUGUGUGAUUGUUCGAACUGUAACCUAAACACAAUCAGGGAACAAGUUGUAUUUAGAGCUAAAAACAUUUAAAAAAUACUUUAUUAUAGAUACAAAUAUGCAUUUAAUGUAGAGAGUCGUUUGUCAAAAAAACUGACCUUAGAAAUAGCAGCAGAAGGUGAAUGUUGAACUGUUGUUGUACCCCAGGAUUUAUCAUGCAGCGUCGGUACAACGAAGCCGGCGGGCUGAUCGAGGCGUUAUAGGGGGAGGGUUCAGAGGAUCCCGGAUAGGUUAGCACCUUGAGUUGAAAGUUGAUCGACAAAAAACACAAGGUUUCCAAACUCUGACAGAACGGACACGAGACUCUAUCGAGCAGCGAUGUCUUUCUCUUCAGAGGAGACCGUUGGCCAAGUACGAUAAUACACAGACUUGUUAGGCUUAUUUUCCUGUGUUGACAAGCUAGCUUGCUAACUAGCGCUAGCUUGGUGGGCCUAAUAUUAUGCAGCGGCCAUAAGCUAGCUUGCUAACUAGCGCUAGCUUGGUGGGCCUAAUAUUAUGCAGCGGCCAUAAGCUAGCUUGCUAAAGAAAGGACAGGCUGCUUCCUGCAGCAACUCCGUCAACCAACGACCAGUUUUGGACGGUCCAACUUCACUGGGCGGUACAGGGAGCCAACUACCAGAUGCUGAGGACGGGCUGCUUCCCCUUUAUCAAGUAACAAAGUCACAGAACCUGGACUUUAAAGACAAGUUCUUCAGCGUAUUUAAAGUCACCAAUUUAGGUCAGUGAGAAAAAGCCAAAGGGGGACUGGUGACCUCAGCAUACAGUUGAAGUCAGAAGUUUACAUACACCUUAGCCAAAUACAUUUAAACUCAGUUUUUCACAAUUCCUGACAUUUAAUCCUAGUAAAAGUUCUCUGUCUUAGGUCAUUUGGGAUCAUCACUUUAUUUUAAGAAUGUGAAAUGUCAGAAUAAUAGUAGAGAGAAUUUUUUAUUUCAGCUUUUAUUUCUUUCAUCACAUUCCCAGUGGGUCAGAAGUUUACAUACACUCAAUUAGUAUUUGGUAGCAUUUCCUUUAAAUGGUUUAACUUGGGUCAAACGUUUCGGGUAGCCUUUCACAAGCUUCCCACAAUAAGUUGGGUGAAUGUUGGCCCAUUCCUCCUGGCAGAACUGGUGUAACUUAGUCAGGUUUGUAGGCCUCCUUGCUCGCACACACUUUUUCAGUUCUACCCACAAAUGUUCUAUAUGAUUGAAGUCAGGGCUUUGUGAUGGCCACUCCAAUACCUUGACUUUGUUGUCCUUAAGCCAUUUUGCCACAACUUUGGAAGUCAAUGUCCUUUUGGAAGACCCAUUUGUGACCAAGCUUUAACCUGACUGAUGUCUUGAGAUUUUGCUUCAAUUUAUCCACCAAUUUUUUUUCCUCAUGAUGCCAUCUAAUUUGUGAAGUGCACCAGUCCCUCCUGCAGCAAAGCACCCCACAACAUGAUGCUGCCACCCCGUGCUUCACGGUUGGGAUGGUGUUCUUCAGCUUGAAGGUCUCCACCUUUUUCCUCCAAACAUAACGAUGGUCAUUGUGGCCAAACAGUUCUAUUUUUGUUUCAUCAGACCAGAGGACAUUUCUCAAAAAAGUACGAUCUUUGUCCCCAUGUGCAGUUGCAAACCGUAGUUGGGCUUUUUUAUGGUGGUUUUGGAGCAGUGGCUUCUUCCUUGCUGAGCGGCCUUUCAGGUUAAGUCGAUAUAGGACUGGUUUUACUGUGGAUAUUGAUACUUUUGUACCUGUUUCCUCCAGCAUCUUCACAAGGUCCUUUGCUGUUGUUCUGGGAUUGAUUUGCACCAAAGUACGUUCAUCUCUAGGAGACAGAACGCGUCUCCUUCCUGAGCGGUAUAUGACGGCUGCAAGGCCCCAUGGUGUUUAUACUUGCGUACUAUUGUUUGUACAGAUGAACGUGGUACCUUCAGGCGUUUGGAAAUAGCUCCCAAGGAUGAACCAGACUUGUGGAGGUCUACAAUUUUUUCCGGGGUCUUGGUUGAUUUUCCCAUGAUGUCAAGCAAAAAGGCACUGAGUUUGAAGGUAGGCCUUGAAAUACAUUCUCAGGUACAUCUCUGAUCGACUCAGAGGAGAGGAGCAUCUAGACACUGUAGGGGAGAGGAGCGUCUAGACACUGCAGGGGAGAGGAGCGUCUAGACACUGCAGGGGAGAGGAGCGUCUAGACACUGCAGGGGAGAGGAGCGUCUAGACACUGCAGAGGAGAGGAGCGUCUAGACACUGCAGAGGAGAGGAACGUCUAGACACUGCAGAGGAGAGGAGCGUCUAGACACUGCAGAGGAGAGGAACGUCUAGACACUGCAGGGGAGAGGAGCAUCUAGACACUGCAGGGGAGAGGAGCGUCUAGACACUGCAGGGGAGAGGAGCGUCUAGACACUGCAGAGGAGAGGAGCGUCUAGACACUGCAGAGGAGAGGAACGUCUAGACACUGCAGAGGAGAGGAGCGUCUAGACACUGCAGAGGAGAGGAACGUCUAGACACUGCAGGGGAGAGGAGCAUCUAGACACUGCAGGGGAGAGGAGCGUCUAGACACUGCAGGGGAGAGGAGCGUCUAGACACUGCAGAGGAGAGGAACGUCUAGACACUGCAGGGGAGAGGAGCAUCUAGACACUGCAGGGGAGAGGAGCAUCUAGACACUGCAGGGGAGAGGAGCGUCUACACACUGCAGGGGAGAGGAGCGUCUAGACACUGCAGGACAGGGGAGAGGAGCAUCUAGACACUGCAGGGGAGAGGAGCGUCUAGACACUGCAGGACAGGGGAGAGGAGCAUCUAGACACUGCAGGGGAGAGGAGCAUCUAGACACUGCAGAGGAGAGGAACGUCUAGACACUGCAGGGGAGAGGAGCAUCUAGACACUGCAGGGGAGAGGAGCAUCUAGACACUGCAGGGGAGAGGAGCGUCUAGACACUGCAGGGGAGAGGAGCAUCUAGACACUGCAGGGGAGAGGAGCAUCUAGACACUGCAGGGGAGAGGAGCGUCUAGACACUGCAGGGGAGAGGAGCGUCUAGACACUGUAGGGGAGAGGAGCGUCUAGUCACUGCAGGACAGGGGAGAGGAGCGUCUAGUCACUGCAGGACAGGGGAGAGGAGC